UCCAAAACGACCUCAAUCGAUCAGCUAAUAAGCUAGGCUGUGAAUUGUAGUAGCAUUUAAGUCUAUUAGUUUUCCCUUGAAUUGAAUUGAAUCGUGUCAAUUCAAUUAUUCAUAUAAUAUUUUGAAGACUAAUUAUUCAGAGAGUUCAAGGCCUAUAUGGCGUCAAACAGAAGUGCUGCUCCAAAUGUACUUUUGAUCGCUAAUGCCAUUCUAUAUCUCAUUGUAAUUGUGAUUUCUUCUUGGGGAGUUAAUCAUGCCAUUGCCAAAUCCUACAAGACAGCAUCAAUAAUGGAAAUGCCAGCAAGAAUAUUCCCAAUCUACUUUCCUUUUGGGAACCUGGCAACAGGGUUUGUGAUAAUUUAUUCGCUCAUUGCGGGCACUGUGGGAUUCAUGACCUCCAUCACUGGCAUUAUUCACAACCUAGGUCAACCAAAGUCGUCCGACCUCCAUUCAGAUGUUGCAUUUUCUCUUAUAUCAUGGCUACUCACACUUCUUGCUAUGGGGCUGGCAUGUAAGGAAAUAAGUUUGGGGUGGACUGAUUCAACUCUGAGGACAUUGGAGAUAAUUUUGAUAAUUUUGAGUGGGACACAGCUAUUUUCCACGGUGCAAUACAUGCAGGAGUUGAAGAGGAUUUGAUAAAGUGAUCGAGAUGGGGAAAUCAAGGCACUAAAAGAUUUUAUUAUUGGUUUAAAUCAUAUUAUAUUCAUAUUUGACUUUAUUAAUUACGUACCAAAAAUGAUUUAUUUAUUUAUUUUUCAUAAUUCUUGUCUGUGUAACUGGUGUGAUCAUUUCAUACUUCGUGUUCUAAAUAAAGUGAAAAUUGAAGAUAUGUUCUAAAUUAAAUACUCGUAGUAUAUUUUAUCAACUUCAGACUUAUAAAAGUAAUUAUUUUGAAC